AUGAAUCCAUUGGGAGUUGUUUGUGUUGUGGCCUGUUUAAUGGCCGGCGCUUUGGCCACACCAUCAUCAUCGCGCCAGAAUAGCUUGAAACCUGCACAAUGGCUGAAUCCCAGUGAAUUGGAGGCAACACCAUCAUUGGACGAAUUGAGCCUCGAACAAGUGGAGAAUAUGCCAUUGGAAAAGGGAGCCAAGUUGAUGCGUAAAUUGUAUCACCUGUCCCAAAUCAAUUAUUCAGUGGAACCCAACUUUGUGCCCAGCCCCAGCAAUGUCCCCGUCUACAUUUUCAACAGCAAGGGUGAAAAGGAAACCUGCAACUUGAACAACUAUGUUGAUAUUGCCAAGGAGAAGCCGAAAUUUGGUGAUCAGGAAGUGACCGUUUUCAUUACCGGUCUACCCCAAUCCUUGGACGAUGUCAGAAAGGCCAACAGCAAGCUGAUCCAAGCCUACAUCCAACGUUACAGCCAACAACCCGAAGCCCCUCAAGGUGAAGAUCAAUCGAAAUGGGAAAAUGAAAAACCCGUUGGUGGUCAUUUGGUUGUCAUCGAUUUGGGUCAUUCGAUUACCGAUGUGGAACGUUACGCCACCUUGAAUGUCCACCAAACCGGUAAAAUGAUUGCCAAAACUUUGGCUGAAUUGGAAAAGGAAUGCAAUGUGGAUUUGGAAGAUAUCCAUGUUAUAGGUCAGGGUAUUGGUGCCAAUGUUGCCGGUGCUGCUGGUAAAGCUUUCCGUGACAUUACCACCCACAAAUUGGAUCGUAUCACUGCUUUGGACCCCGCCAGCCACAUGGCCAAGGACCCCAAAGUGUUGACCGGUUUGUCUCGCGGCUGUGCCAAAUUCGUCGAUGCCAUCCACACCUCCGCUUUGGGUAUGGGCACCACCAGACGUGUUGGUGACGUUGAUUUCUUCCCCAACGGACCAUGCCAAGGUGUACCCGGUACCCGUAAUGUCAUCGAUGCCCAAGCUCGUGCUACACGUCUUUUUGCCGAAACUGUUCGUCCCGGUAAUAGCCACAAUUUCCCCGCCAUUGAAGCCAGCUCCUUGAAACAGUACCGCAACAAUGAUGGAUACGGCAAACGUACCUACAUGGGUAUUGCCACACAUCGUGACAUUUCCGGUGACUAUAUGUUGGAGGUUAACGAACAAAGUCCAUAUGGCAAGAGGACUCCUGCCCGUAAACAAAAAUCUUACCACGGUGUUCACUCCUAUGAGAAGAAUUAA